AGAGACGCCCCGCCUCCCUUCUGCAGCCCCGCUUCCUGUCCAGUCCUGGCCGCCCGGCGGGGUGAGCGAGCCGAGCCAGCGGGAGGGGUCGGUCUGGGCCUGGCGCUGCCCCCUCCCUCCCUUCUUCCCCUCAGCCGCCCUGCGAGGUGGUGCUUUGCUGCUGGGUACGGUCCCAGUCCGGCUGGCCUUCCCCUCUGGCUAGACCUGGGGGGUCUGUGUCCCUCCCCAUCUUGGAGAGAACGGAAAUUCCGGAGAGAUGCCGCCCCCCUCGGACAUCGUCAAGGUAGCUGUGGAGUGGCCAGAGGCCAAUGCCCAGCUACUGGAAAUUGACCAGAAGAGGCCCCUGGCAUCCGUCAUCAAAGAAGUGUGUGACGGCUGGUCGCUGCCCAACCCCGAGUUCUACACGCUGCGCUAUGCUGAUGGGCCCCAGCUGUACAUAACUGAGCAGACUCGCUGUGACAUUAAGAAUGGGACCAUCCUGCAGCUGGCCGUGUCUCCGUCCCGGGCUGCCCGCCAGCUGGUGGAUCGGAUCCAGUCGCACAGCAUGGAGGCUCGGCUGGAGGCGAUGAAGGAGCUGGCCAAGCUCUCUGCCGACGUGACCUUUGCCACGGAAUUCAUCAACAUGGAAGGCAUCACGGUGCUGACCCACCUGGUGGAGAGCGGCACCAAGCUGUUGUCCCACUACAGCGAGAUGCUGGCGUUCACCCUGACGGCCUUUCUGGAGCUCAUGGAUCACGGCAUCGUGUUGUGGGACAUGGUCUCCAUCACCUUCAUCAAGCAGAUUGCAGGCUACGUGAGCCAGUCGACGGUGGACGUGUCCAUCUUGCAGCGCUCCUUGGCCAUCUUGGAGAGCAUGGUGCUGAACAGCCACAGCUUGUACCUGAAGGUGGCCGAAGAGAUUACAGUGGGGCAGCUCAUCUCUCACCUGCAGGUCUCAAACCAGGAGAUCCAGACCUAUGCAGUGGCCUUGAUCAACGCGCUCUUCCUGAAGGCCCCUGAGGACAAGAGGCAGGACCCGCCUCUUAACCCACUAGACUUGCCCUGCACUGAGAUGGCCAACGCCUUUGCACAGAAGCACCUGCGCUCCAUCAUCUUGACCCACAUCAUCCGAGGAAACCGCCCCAUUAAAACAGAGAUGGCCCAUCAGCUGUAUGUGCUCCAAGUCCUGACCUUCAACCUCCUGGAGGAGCGCAUGAUGACCAAGAUGGACCCCAAUGAUCAGGCGCAAAGGGACGUCAUCUUUGAGCUACGAAGAAUUGCCUUUGAUGCAGAGGCUGAGAGCAGCAGCAUCUCUGGGGGUGGCACGGAGAAGCGCAAAGCCAUGUACACCAAGGACUACAAGAUGCUGGGCUUCACGAACCACAUCAACCCUGCGCUGGAUUUCUCACACACCCCGCCAGGGAUGCUGGCCUUGGACAACAUGCUUUAUCUGGCCAAAUACCAUCAAGACGCUUACGUCCGGAUUGUGCUGGAGAACAGCAGCCGAGAAGACAAGCACGAGUGCCCCUUUGGGCGCAGCGCCAUCGAGCUCACCAAGAUGCUCUGUGAGAUCCUGCAGGUUGGAGAACUUCCCAACGAGGGCCGGAAUGACUACCACCCCAUGUUCUUCACUCACGACCGGGCCUUCGAGGAGCUCUUUGCCAUCUGCAUCCAGUUGCUGAACAAGACCUGGAAGGAGAUGCGGGCAACGGCGGAAGAUUUCCACAAGGUGAUGCAGGUGGUGCGAGAGCAGAUCACCCGGGCCCUGCCCUCCAAGCCGAGCUCCCUGGACCAGUUCAAGAGCCGGCUGCGCAGCCUGAGCUACUCGGAGAUCCUGCGCCUGCGUCAGUCGGAGCGCAUGAGCCAGGACGACUUCCAGUCCCCGCCCAUCCUGGAGCUGCGCGAGAAGAUCCAGCCAGAGAUCCUGGAGCUCAUCCGGCAGCAGCGCCUGAACCGCCUCUGCGAAGGGAGCAGCUUCCGCAAGGUUGGCAAUCGGAGGAGGCAAGAACGCUUCUGGUACUGCCGCCUGGCGCUCAACCACAAGACGCUGCACUAUGGAGACCUGGAGGACAACACCCAGGGAGAGGUGACCCUGGAGUCCCUGCAGGAAAAGAUCCCUGUUGCAGACAUCAAAGCCGUUGUCACCGGGAAAGACUGUCCCCACAUGAAGGAGAAGGGAGCCCUGAAGCAGAACAAGGAGGCCCUGGAGCUAGCCUUCUCCAUCCUCUAUGACCCCGAUGAGACCCUGAACUUCAUUGCGCCCAACAAAUAUGAGUACUGCAUCUGGAUCGACGGCCUGAACGUGCUGCUGGGGAAGGACAUGGCCAGCGACCUGACCAAGAGCGACCUGGACACCCUGCUGAGCAUGGAGAUGAAGCUGCGCCUGCUGGACCUCGAGAACGUCCACAUCCCCGAGGUGCCUCCCCCCGUCCCCAAGGAGCCCAGCAGCUACGACUUUGUCUACCACUACGGCUGAGGCGGGGUGCGGGAGGGGCCUUUCCAGCCUCUGCCUCUCUUGCAUGCGCAGGCCCUGGCUCGGCUGAGUGACUGGGGGGAGGGGGGCUCCUGUUGCUGACCCUCGGGGCCCCCGGAUGGCAGGGGGCAACCGCCAGGGCUCCUGGUGCUUCUGCGGCCCCUGCUGCCCCGGCCCCCAACCACAGGACGGCUGGAGAGUUCUGCUUCCUGACUGGCUGGGACAUCCGCAGCUUCUCCAGGGGAGGCCUGGGAAGGGGCGGGAGGGCGAGGGGCGGGGGGUGGCGCUGGCUGGCACCCAAGGAGCAGGGUGCUGCUGGCCGGACCAGGCACCGCUUCUCUCCCCGCCGACGUGCGUAUUAAAGGCUCUUUCCUUUC